AUGUCAACUUCGCGUUUGAAUUGCCGAAUUCUGUGGUCACCGCACAAAGAUUCUAAUUUAUUUUUGGUUGGAUCAAAUAAUGAUUUAAGGUUAUAUGAAUAUAUUCCAAAGGGACCAGCAAAUUAUAAAUUGAUUUUCGUGAAUCCAGAUAUAGCAUCAAUGAGGUGCAUUGCUUGGUCACCUGACUCUAAUUUUCCAAGUUUAAUUGCAGCAGGAUUUGCCAACGGCAAAACAUAUCUUGUUAAUAUUCACGACGAAUCAACAUUAAACGAAUCUCAUGUAAAUAAUCAUUUAACGUCAUCAAAACCAUUUAAUGUGCUUUCUCAACAACCACCAUAUGCAGUUUUAAAUUCUAAAAAUUCAAAACCAUGUAACGAGGUAGAAUUUUCUCUGGCUGAUCCCAGAUUAUUAGCAACCGGAUCUGAUAAAGUUAGGAAUGAUUAUUGUUUAUUAAUUUGGGAUGUCGAAAGAGCUGCAAAAUGUGGAGAUAAAAAUUAUGGUAAUACGCCUAAGUUAUCCGCAGAGAUGCCUAGUAGAACCGGUAGCAUUAGUGGUUGGAGUGUUAAAAGCGAUCAUAAUGAUGUUGGAGUUGCCCCCAGUGGAUUUGGUGGGAGGGGAGGUUUGGGAAUUGGCUCCUCUGUAAUGGAUGAUAAUUACACUUAUCCAUUAGAAAUGGCAAGGUCUGGUUAUUCAAUGUAUGAAUCUCCAUUCGUUCCAAGACCUCAACCCGCAACGAGUUAUAAUACACGUACUGAUGAAUCAAAACCUAUUCACACUUUUGGAUUAUCGGAAUUUGUUAAUUCUAUAAAUUGGAUCCUAACGGAAAAUCCUGCCAUUACAAUAACAACUAAAGCUGUUUUUGGAGUAAAGACUGAUCCAUUUAAUGAUCAUAGAUUUGCUAGUUUUGAGGAAAUUAGCAGUAAUAUGGGAAAUAUUCUUUUAUGGGAUGACCUGCGAUCGGGUUUACUAGCGUCCUUAUCCAACGAUACAUCUUAUAUAUCGUUAUAUGACAUACAAGAAACUACAUGUAAAUUACAACCUUACUCAACAACUUUAUCAAAUAAUAGUUCACCACUUGAUGAAGUUGAUCCUCUUAAUUGUGGAUUUGGUAAUGAUGGAGGAGUACCGAUAGCGAAAUCUACCACUUCUAUGGGAAGUGGUGCCGGAUUUGUUCCUUCGGCUGGUAUUGUCAUGGGUGCAUCUAAUAAUCCUGCAUUUUAUGAAAAAAUGAAUGGAAAUGGAGUUGGUGGUGGGGGUAUAUCUAUUUCGGGCGGCAAAUCCGAUGAUGAACUUGACAUGCCUAUAUUAUGGAAAUCUAGGAAAACACAGAAAUUAUCGAAAGCUCUCGUAUCUUUUGCUUGGAUACCAACUAUGUCAUCGCCUCAUUCACACCGAUUGUUGGUGAUAAAUAAAGAGUCAACGUUGGAAACAGUCACAUUGGAAGAAUGUACUAAUUUCGGUUGGGAACCACGCGGGAAUAUGUUAAUAUUUGGUCCAAAUUCGGUCAAAACAUACGAUGUUGAUCAAAAAAUUCAUGAUUAUGGCGAUUUUGGAAGAGGGGAUGAUGACAUUCGUGAUAACAUCGGUGAUGAUCUUCAUCGUGGAAUUUCAUAUAGCAAUGAACCGAGUUUACAUCAUCGUAGUAAUAAUGGAUCAGGUUAUGGACAUAAACAUCGCGUUUCUUUAGAUUUGAAGGUUGAUAACGAAUAUGAUAGUGGGAAUAGAACACCUAGACCUAAUGAUCUGAGCAAUUCUUCUAAAGAUGUAAAUGCAUUAAAAAAACAAUUAAAAGGAAUCAUGAUGCAUCGAUCUCAUGAUGAUUUGACGGUGGGUGGUGUUCCAGAAAAAGAUGAUGAUAAAGCGCUGUUAAUUUUGCCCUUAAAAACAUUACAAGAAGAUAUUUCUGUUGUCAUGCGUAAGAGGGCCAAACAAGGAUAUUCCAUGAUUUGUCGUGCCAAUGAAGACCUUGUAAGAGACUCUCCAAAAUUGAGAACAUUAUGGAAUUGGAUAGCUCAAGCCGAAAAACUUUCUUCGGAAGGAAAAUCAAAUUUUCAAGGAAUCUAUUCAGUAUGGGCAGUAGCAUCCACAGGUGGCAGUAAAAGAGUGUCACCAAUAUCAACUCCAAAAGCGUCACCACCAAAAUCUUUUUCUGAAAGAUCUGAACAGGAAGGAGUCGAUAUAAAUGAGAUUCCUAUCACGGUAUCAACUUCUAAAUUGUCACAAAGAAAAUUAGCAUUGACCAUAUGUGGAUGGGGUUUUGGAAAGAAAGAAUUAGAAGAAACACUUCAAAGAAUGGAACGAGCGGGUAAUUAUGAGAAAGCUGCUGGAUGGGCAUUAUUUCAUGAUUUACCCAAAAGAGCCAUUGCAUCAUUAAAUAAUAGUAAAGAUGAACGAUUGAAAUUAGUAUCAACAGCGUUAGCUGGUUAUGUUGCAAAUAAUCAAGAAAAUUCACUUUGGCGUGAAAUAUGUAUAAAUCUAAGUACUGAAAUACACAAUCCAUAUUUGCGAGCAAUGUUUUCAUUUAUUGCAUGUGGAUAUUGGAUAGAUGUAUUACAAGAGGAAGGGCUUUCUUUACAGGAUCGUAUCGGCAUUGCGUUGAGAUCUUUGGAUGAUGAAGAGCUCGAUUAUUUCUUACGUGAUAUAACUGAAAAAGUAAUUGCAACCGGUGAUAUAGAUGGAAUCAUUUUAACUGGCCUUACUCCAGAAGGCGUAUCAUUAUUUGAGAAUUAUAUAAAUAAUACAUGCGACGUUCAGACAGCAAGUCUGGCAUUGAGCUUUUGUGUCCCAAGAAAAUUCAAAGAUUCAAGAGUGACAAAUUGGGUAGAAAAUUAUCGUAUGCUGUUGGAUCAAUGGCAAAUGUUUCAUAUACGAGCGAGAUUUGAUAUAGCACGUGGUAAACAUAUGAUAUCUUCAACAUCCUCGGCGGCAGAUAUGGUACCACCACAAGUUUACGUAAGAUGUAAUUAUUGUAGUCAAAGUAUUACACAUAGCUUAUUUAUACCCGGUAUGAAAGGCAAAGACGGAGAGAGAUUUACACUACCAGCUUCGUAUUAUGGGGCUGCGGUUGGAAUGAUAUCUAAACAAAAGACGACUUGUUGCCCUGGAUGUCGAAAACCUUUACCUCGAUGUUCUAUAUGUUUAUUGAGCCUUGGGACACCCACCGAUAGUAAGAGAGAAGCCAUCACUGCCAAUCAGCAAAGUGGAUUUUCAAAUGAUAAACCAUUUGGAUUUGACCUUUGGUUUACGUGGUGUCAAUCAUGUCAUCAUGGAGGACAUGCAAUACACAUGUUACAAUGGUUUCAAAAACAUAAAAUAUGUCCUGUUAGUGAAUGUACAUGUUUAUGUGAAAAUUGA